AUGGCUGACACCACCAUUCAGCCUCCCAUCAAUGGGGUCUCUCAUGAUGGCGAUUACGCCGCGCACGGUGCUAGCGAUGUCACCAGAAACAACAACAGUUUCGAGCUCAUUUCAGGCCCGCUCAUCAACUUGAAGAACAUGCACUACGAGUCCGCCCCCAUUUGGCAUGGAAGUGUCCUCAUCGUAACGAAGCCCACCCAGCAGAAGCCCCUUUUACACCUACAUCAGCUCGGCCCCGUGGGAUCGCAAUCCGAGUCGCAAUCCCAAUCCAAUCAAACCGUCGAUGGCCUCAAGCUCUACGAAGAUCCCGAUAAGGCCUUCUGGCGAUUCAGCCUCGCGGUCCCCGUCGAGAGCUACGAGGCGCGUUGGGAGUAUGAUAUUCCGGGCCUGUACAAUUCGUCUGGGCCUGCCAAGGCACCAUGGGAAUUCGUGGUACCUGCAGAAGAGCAGUCGAUGCGGAUCAUGUUUCAUUCGUGUAACGGAUUCUCCGUCGGCACCGACAUGGACGCUUGGCUCGGACCGAACCUGUGGAAUGACGUUCUGCGCGUCCACGGCGAGAGACCUUUCCACGUUAUGGUCGGCGGUGGUGACCAGAUUUACAAUGAUGGAAUCCGUGUGGACGGUCCGCUGAAGGCUUGGACCGCCAUCGGCAACCCCCACAAGCGCCGCACCCAUGACUUCAACAACCAAAUGCGCGCCGAAUGCGAUGAGUACUACUACGCAAACUACGUGCGCUGGUAUAACACCGAGCCCUUCCGCGCUGCCAAUGGCAGAAUCCCGCAGGUCAACAUUUGGGAUGACCAUGACAUCAUUGAUGGAUUCGGCUCCUAUACAGACCAUUUCAUGAAGUGCGCUGUGUUCCGCGGCAUUGGCGGCGUUGCAUUCAAGUACUACUGUCUAUUCCAGCACCACAUGGCUCCUCCCAAGUCAACUUUCACUACCGACGCGCCCCAGACGAUGCAUGCCGUCAAUGGUACUUCCGGCGUGGACCCGCGCCAGGUCGAGAACGUCUACGUUCUGGAAAACCAGGAAGAGGACGAUAGCUGGAUUACUGGUAAGCGGCCCGGACCGUACGUUGAGGAGCGCAGUCGCAGUUUGUACAUGCGCUUUGGCAAGCGUAUCGGCUUCGUGGGUCUGGAUGCGCGUACAGAGCGCACCCGGCACCAGGUCAACUACCCGGACACCUACAAGCUCAUCUUCGACCGACUCGAGAGCGAGAUUUCCGCCUCCAACGGCGAUAUCAAGCACCUUGUCGUUCUACUCGGUGUUCCCAUUGCCUACCCGCGUCUAGCCUGGCUCGAGAACAUCCUCACCUCUCCGCUCAUCGCACCAAUCCGUCUCCUGAACAAGCGAUUCGGUGUCGCCGGCGGCCUCUUCAACGAUUUUGACGGUCAAGUCGAUUUGCUAGACGAUCUCGACGACCACUACACAGCCCGCCAACACAAGCGCGAACGCCGCGAGCUCGUCCAGCGUCUGCAGGAACUCGCGCGCGCGCACUCGGUGCGCGUCACCAUCUUGGGCGGAGACGUCCACCUCGCCGCGAUCGGUCGAUUCUACUCGCACCCAAAGCUGAAUCUCUCCGGCGAAAACGACCACCGAUUCAUCGUCAACGUCGUCAGCAGCGCCAUCACGAACAAACCCCCGCCCAAGGCCGUCGCUAACCUCCUCGCCCGUCGCAACAAGAUUCACCGCCUGGACCGAACAUGCGACGAGACCCUGAUGCCCUUCUUCGACAAGCAGCCCGGCGGUAUCGAGAAGAGCGCCACUUGGAACAAGGUCACCAUGCCAUCACGUAACUUCGCCAUCCUAACCGAGGCGGUAGCACCGACCGCCAACGGCGACGGCGUCGUCGGCAUUGAAUCUGCCAAGCUGAACACUCUCCCCAAGGACGGCCACGCGCCGCUGCACAAGGGCGAGGUUGAAGCAGGCUCGACUCACAGCGCUGCGGACGGUAUAAGCAGUAACAGUGGCAUGUAUGGUGGACUAGAUGUUGCGGUUCGUGUGGAGAUUGACCCUCAGAAUCGCGAGGGUGCUACUGAAGGAUAUGGAUUUAGCAUUCCCCCUCUAACCGCCACCGAAGGCCCACCUGUCUCCUCGCGCCACAGUUUCCGAUCCCGCAAGUCUCACGCGGAGUCGCGGCCGACGUCGCGCGAACAGGCCGUCGCCGCUGAACAACCCGGGCGUCCAUCUACGGCCAUCUAA